AUGAUAGCUCACGUCUGCACCCUCCACCAGGUAGACUUUGUACAUACUCUAGGAGAUGCACAUGUCUACUUCAACCACAUCCAACCCCUCAAUAUACAGGUUUGUGGGUUAUAA